UUGUUUGGGUGGGCCCUCUCUUUUAAGGGAGGGGGGGGGGAGAUUUAAUUGGAGAAAAACUUCUUUUUUCUCUCUCUGUUUAAAUUAUAAAAAAUACGACAAAAAAAAAAGAUGAACCCUGAAUACGAUUAUUUGUUCAAGCUUUUGCUUAUCGGAGACUCUGGUGUAGGAAAGUCUUGUCUUUUAUUGCGUUUUGCCGACGAUACUUACACCGAAAGCUAUAUCUCCACCAUUGGUGUUGAUUUCAAAAUCAGAACCAUUGAACUUGAAGGAAAGACAGUUAAAUUACAAAUUUGGGAUACUGCAGGACAAGAGCGUUUCCGUACCAUUACGUCUUCUUAUUACCGUGGUGCUCAUGGUAUUAUUGUUGUCUAUGAUGUGACUGAUGCGGAUAGUUUCAAUAAUGUCAAGCAAUGGUUACAAGAGAUUGAUCGUUAUGCAGCCGAAGGUGUAAAUAAAUUAUUGGUGGGUAACAAGAGUGAUUUGGUUGAUAAGAAGGUCGUUGAUACAGAACAAGCCAAGGAAUUGGCUGACAGUCUUACUAUCCCUCUUUUGGAGACUUCCGCUAAAGAUGCUACAAAUGUUGAACAAGCCUUUUUAACCAUGGCUAAGCAUAUUAAGGAUAGAAUGGGUUCCACCAUGCAACAACAACAACAACAGGCUAAAUCCACUGUGAAAGUAGGUCAAGGUGCUGCUGUUCAACCUCAACAAUCCGGUGGUUGUUGUUAAAUAGGAUUAUUAUUAGUAUAUAUACUUUUUUUUUUUUUUUGGCUGACAAAAACCCCCCCUUAUAACUAUUUUAAAUAAACAAGAGACGAGAAAGAGAGAAAGAACAGAGAAAGAACUUCCCGAUCAUUACACCGAACCUGAUUUUAAUAACAAAAGGUUUUUUUUCUUAUAUAUAUUAUCAUACUUCUUUUCUCUCUCUUUUUUUUUAUUAUU